AUGAAAGAGACGCGGGUCUACAUUCUCGACGGCGGCACGCUGGUGAUCGACGGCUUCCACAUUUACUGGAACCGGGGGCCGGCGGGUGAGGUGCGCUUCCCCGUCUACAGCGUGCUGAUCGACCAUGCCGACGGGCUCUACCUCUUCGACACCGGCUUCGACUGCGACCACGUGAACGCGGUGCUGCCCUUCGAGAAGCCGGUGCAAUCCGAGAAGCAGACCCUGCUGGGCGCGCUCGCGCUCGCCGGCUACCGGCCGCAGGACAUCGACUACGUCGUCAACUCGCACUACCACUUCGACCAUUGCGGCGGGAACCGCCAUCUGCGCGAGGCCUGCACGGUCUGCCACGCGCUCGAAUUCGCCCAGUGCAAGGCGCCCGCGCCCUUCGAGAUGCUGGGCUACUCCGACAUGAGCUUCCACGCCGACCUCUACCGCGAGCGGCUCGCGCAAGAGGGGCGCGCCGUACCGGAUGAUCCCGAGAGCGACAUCUGGACUCCGCGGGUCGAGCUCGUGAGCGGCGAUCAGGAGAUCGCCAAGGGUGUGCAUCUGAUCGAGACGCCGGGCCACACGGCGGGCCACUACAGCCUGCUUGUCGAGCUUGCCGGGCGGCGGCCGAUGCUCUUCACCGCCGAUGCGGCGUACACGCGCAAGGGAUUGGAGCAGGAGAUCAUCCCGAGCUUCCACCUCGACCCGGUGAAGGCGGUCGCCUCGAUGAAGCGUCUCAAGGACGUGGCAGUCGAGCGGGAUGCCGAGAUCUUCGUCGGCCAUGAUGGCGAGGAUUUCGCCGGCUACGCCACCGCGCCCGCCUACUACAGUUAG